AGAAAAGCAAGACGCUCUCACAAGUCAGAGAGGCAAUCGACGGCUCUCAGGUUGGGACAAUAUUUGCAGCUAACAGAUAAGCAAACGCUAUCUCUCUCUCACUGUAUCUUACUUCCACCACAGAAAUGGACGUCAAAAGAAUUAAGGUGCGACCGCAUCGCUGCCUCCACGCUCAACCGUGCAGGAAACCUCGACUUUUCUGACCAAACCCAGGCGAAAUAAACCCCAAGCGGCCACGCUCCCCCCACACCCCCCCCCGGCAGCAUCACUUUACCCCAAACCUUAAAAAAGAGGAGACACCCGACUGGAGAAGACAGCGACCCCGCUCCCUCACCCCAAACUUCACCUUCCAAAGGAAAGAAAUUAAGUUUAAUUAAGAAAAGGAGAGAAGACCCACGCGGGAAGAGGCUGGGGGUUGGGGGGACGAUGCGCGGGGCGCAGGAGGAUUCACUCGUCAUUCAGACGGCGCUGGUUUUUGGGGAAGGAGGAUGCGGUGUGUGCGGGGCGGGGGGCUCGGGCUUGGCCCCCCCCGCCCUGCCAGGCCCCUCGCGGCCGGCAGGUGGCGCGCUCCGCCCAGGCGGGGGGCGCUGGCGGCGCGCACGGGGGGCUCGGGGCGCCCGGCCCGAAACCGGCUCCGCGCUCGUCAUUAUUUGUAACCAUAGAGCAUGAAUUACCUCUUGAGGUCAUCAGUGAGAAUUUACGACUGGUCAACAAAAGCACGUGAUUCCCAAACGCACCCCCCACCCUCCCCCCAUAUUUGGCCGCAUACAUAGCAAAAACGAAGUACAGUGCAUUGCUAUAAUUCAUUAAUACAUCAUAAAUCGUCAAGCACAGGGUUAUAACGACCACGAGCCACAAAUCAAGCCCUCCAAAAUAACCCAAAUGAGCUCUUACUUUGUAAACUCGUUCUCAGGGCGCUACCCAAAUGGCCCCGACUAUCAGUUACUAAAUUAUGGGACCAGCAGUUCCAUGAACGGUUCUUACAGAGAUUCAAGCACCAUGCAUUCCAGCUCUUAUGGCUACAACUACAAUGGGAUGGACCUUAGCAUCAACCGCUCAGCCUCCUCUAGUCACUUUGGGGCUGUGGGGGAGAGCUCCCGCGGUUUCCCUUCUCCAGCUCAGGAGAGCAGGUUUAGACAGGCGUCUAGCUGCUCCUUAUCUUCUCCCGACUCCCUUCCCUGCUCCAACAGCGAGAGCCAUGGAGGCAAACCCGCCCCGUCCCCCUCCGACCAAGCUACUUCUGCCAGCACCACCAACACAAAUUUCACAGAACUAGACGAGACCAGCGCGUCCUCGGGAGCCGACGAGGGCACUCCAAUAAGCAGCAGCAUCCCCCGAGCGCAGGCAGAGCCCAUCGCAACCUCCACCGCAGCAACAGAAGGGCAGGCACCUCAGAUAUUCCCUUGGAUGAGGAAACUUCACAUUAGCCAUGACAUGACUGGACCAGACGGUAAGAGGGCGAGGACAGCGUACACUCGCUACCAGACCCUGGAGUUGGAAAAGGAAUUCCACUUCAAUAGAUAUCUCACCCGCAGGAGGAGAAUAGAGAUCGCUCACGCUCUCUGCCUCUCCGAGCGCCAGAUCAAAAUCUGGUUCCAGAACAGGAGGAUGAAAUGGAAGAAGGAUAAUAAACUGAAAAGCAUGAGCUUAGCUUCGGCGGGCAGCGCCUUUCAGCCAUAAAUUCUAGAGGAGGAAUCUCGAGGAAAGAAGAGGAGACGAGAAAGAAAUACGUAAAUAAAUAAAUAAAGCGCCGCAGAUCUUAGUUUCGGAGUACUGUACAGUGAGGCACCUUCUUUUCGGCAUGUUGUUGAUAUUCUAAAACAACGCGUAUGGUACCGUUAUCCCAGGACUGAUUUCAUGUCGUGUUCUGCUUUGGGUUGUUUGUUUUCUUUCUUUUAAUUAUUAUUUUUUUAAUUAAAUUUUAUUUACAGAUGCUCCUCAUGCUCUUGUUGUUCUUAUAAAUGUACGUGUCCGUGCUCUCUUGAUGCUUUCUGGAAAGCUAGCAUGUUUUAUGUGAGCCCUUUAAAUGUUCUAACUUAUUUAUAAAUUGAGAACAGAUACGGUUGUUUGUUUAUUUGGGUUUUUUCCCCCCCCUUUCCUGAGUUGACUGCUUUGGGGUGAGUUCUUCUCUGCCUGAGCUAAAAUAGGGGGUUCCUGCACUACAGUCGCAGAAAAAAAAAAAAUCAUCUGAAAAAAACAAACAAAAAUGUAAAAAAAAGAUAAAAGGAAAAAAAAAAAAAAAGAAAAUGCUCUUGUAUCUUUCUGUCUUAAAAAUUGUCCAGUCUGUGUUUUAGCUCAAACUUCAGGCCAGGAUUUCUAGUCCCAGGCUAAGUCCGAGCCGUACUCUUAGACGUGGGUAAACUUCACUAUUAAAAACAAAAAAAAUGUAUAAAAUCGGACCAACAAUGGAGUGCUCUGAUGUUUGUAAAUACUAGGAAUAUUUCUGAUGUGAGUAAUAGACGGUUCGUAGUGGGCAGAGUGAAUGCAAUGUUAUGUGUAAAAAUGGCCUCUGUCAUGUCUAGCUGCCUGGUAGUACUUUGCCAAUAAGCUUUUUGUAUCUGUUUGUAGCUUUACUCCAAGUCAAAUAAACGUUUCUCCUAUUCACAAAGGCUCCCAGUUGCAUUUUAUCCACAACCUCCGAGGCUCGCAGCCCGGGCUAAAGCCGGAGAGACGCCUGGCACGGGGCUGAGCCUCUGCUCGGGGCUCCCAGCAGAGCCGCAGCCUCAGAAACCCCCAAUAUCGUUAUCACCCCCCCUCUGGCACAGCGCGGGGACGAACCGCCACCCUCCACGCUGUCCCAAC